AUGUCAAGCACAUUCGCAGGGAUAUGGGACGACAGUGGUCACGACAUGGAUUGCCGAAGCAGGCAGCGUACAGACUGCACAUCUUGUUUGCUGGGCAUUGGCCAGCUGGUACCAUUAAGAGAAGCCGAAGGCAGCAUCGUCAAGCACCAACAAGAUUAUGGCUUUCAAUGGAGGGAGGAAGGUGACAGCGUCUCACCACCGUGUGCUCCAGAUCUCAGCACUAGCGACCGCGGCGAUUAUUUCGAAUGCGUAGAAAACAAAGCUCUAGCGUUCACUUAA